AUGAGCGAAUCCGCAUUACUAUUUUCAAGGGUCGUUCCAUACCUUUACGACGAACCUCGAAUUAAAAACGCGUCGAACUUCUAUAUUCGCGUUGAAACAAUUUCGAGAUCGGGAAUCUUUGGAGCCACACCGCCAUUAGGAGGCACUUACGGGCCAAUUAAGAUUGCUUUGAAAGAACCUCCACCGGGUUGGAACGAAUCUCAUGCCGAUUCCGCGGUCUCAUCCGGCGCCCAAAAAGUCAUUUCACCAUCAGCGGCAAUUAGAAUUAAUGUUACACGGUUCAUAGAUUGGACGGG